GUAAUUCUUAAGGACAUGAAAACUUUCGCAAAAGUUUUCCAGGAAAGGGCGGUCGCGCCUAACAGAAGGAGCCGGGGGAGGCCACCGCCCCGGGAACGGGCGGGGAUGAUGAUGAGUCCCGCGGCUGCAGCGGGGGAGAGGGCGCGAGGAGGGCCACCGCAUGAGGUCACCUGGCAUCCAACCAGCAGCAGCUGCGGAGGACGCGGGCGAGCCACGGAGGGAGGCGGUGUCAGGCUCCGGCUCCCGGGGCUUUCCCUCCCGCCCCCUGGUGGGGCGUGGCUCGCGGGGACCGCCCCACCAAUCCGCGCUGCCCACCCUAGGCCGCGCCCGCGGCGUUCUCCAGGCUCCACAGCGGUCGGUCCGCUGAAGCUAAGGCGCUCCCUCCCCCCCUCCCCCCCGGGUCUUCUCGAGGCCACGCCCCUUGCGAUCAGGCCCGCCCACUUCCCCCGCAGAGCCCAGAGGCGCCGGGCUGCUGCCCCGCCCACACCACGCCCACCGGGUCCCGCCCAGCGGUUUGAAGUGGCUGGGACCGCAACCCCCUCCGAGUGGCGCGCGAGGCGUGAGGCGGUGCUGGGGAUCUGA